AUGAGCAUUCAAAAUCAAUAACUUUAAAGAUUAAUUAACACCACAUAUAUCACGAAGAAGAGAGUUUCAGCUGGAUCAUUUGGAGUUGUUUAUUGUGGAUAGGAUAUUAAUACAAGAGCUAUAGUGGCAAUUAAGAUCGAUAAAGGCAACAAAGAAGAUACAAGUUUAGAAAGAGAGGUAUUAAUAGGUUAAGUAAUACUCAGGCAGAAAUUUUAAAAAGAUUGUAAUAAACACCUUAAAUACCAAAAUUACAUUGGGCAGGAAAAGAUGGAGAUUCAAAUGUUUUAGUAAUUUAAUAUUUGGGCAGAGACCUAACACAUUUUAUGAAAACCUUUCGAAAAUUUUCUCUAAAAUGUGUGCUAAAUAUUGCUGAACAAAUGAUUAACAUUAUUGAGAGCAUACACAAAAAGUAGAUAAGAAUUGCUUUAUUUUUAGCAAAGUGCUACAUAGAGACAUUAAACCAGAAAAUGUACUUGUUGGCAAAGAAGAUGAAGACAAUCUGCUUUAUAUAGUAGAUUUUGGAAUAAGCAAGUUUUAUAAGGAUGAAAACGAUUCGCACAUGUAAACUUCUUAAAUAAUUCAGAUCAUUUCGAGAGAACUAACCAUUUAUUGGAACUACCCGAUAUGCAAGCAUCAAUGCACAUAAAGGAUUUUCAUUAAGUCGAAGAGAUGAUUUGGAAUCAUUAGGUUACAUGCUUAUAUUUUUAUUAAAAGGUAUAAUAGAUGCGAAUAAUUUUAGGGUAACUGCCUUGGUAAAACCUGUAAUUUAUUGAUGAAGAAGACAAAAUGAGAUAAGUUGGUCAAAUGAAAAUGAAAAUAGACAUGAAUGAAUUAUGCAAAGGAAUUCCAAUCGAAUUUGGAAGAUUCUUAGAUUAUACAAAGGGUUUGCCCUUUAAAGCAGAACCUAAUUAUAAAUAUUGUCAAUCCUUAUUUAAGAAAAUAUCAUAAGAGCACAAUUACUAAUAAAAAGAUCUUAUUUUUGAUUGGGAUUUAGGCCCAAAAUCAGAAAGAAUAGAUGAUAAAAAAAAGUAUUCAAUUGAAGGCCAUUUGCCUAGUAGUUCAAAUAAUAGUAAUUUAAUUAAUAACAAAAUAUCAUUGUAUACAUUUAGGAGUAUUUUAGAUUUAAAAAAUCAAAAGAUGAAAUUUCUUCAAAUAAUAUUGGAGGAUCUUUAUUAAAUUAUUCGCAAGAGCAACUAGAAAUGAAUUCCCUACUUAAAACUCCAGAAUAACGAAAGUCAAGUUUGGCCCCAGAUAUUAACAGGCGAAAAAAUAGAAUGUAAUCUGUUAGUAGCUAUAAUGAUUCUCACUCAGAAAUUGAUUUUAAUAACGGCAGUGUACUGUUAGGGAUAUAGCCUAGUAUGUUAAGUAGGUUAAGCAAAAUUUCAUUCAAUUCUAACUCAAGGGUUAAUAAUAGUAAACAAAAUUUAUGUUUAACUCCUGAAUAAAAAAGGUCAAAUUUAAAUGAAAAAAAAUUAUCAAUUACUCCAAAUUCAUAUAUAUAACAAAUUACAGGAUAGAAACAAAAAAAAAUUGCCAGAAAUUCAAAUUCUUAAUAAAAAUUAUCAUAUAAAAAAGAGGAAGAAACUAUAAAAGAAUUUUCUAAAAUGAAUGAAGCAGAUGAAGGAAUUGAACGUUAAUAUAUGCUUUUAAAAUAAGCAGCAGUAAACGCGUAUGUAUAUUGUACUUACCAUAUUGUAGACGCUUCAAAAAAUCAAUUAAUUGA